UUUUUUUUUUUUUUGGAAGAAAGCCUGUUCAGGACGAAGGAAAGAGGGUCAGGGAUGGUGUGUGGCAUUUGAAAGUGGCUAUGCAUGUCAAAGCAGAUAAUAGCAUGAUCCCACGUAAGCCCUGAGUCUGAGUGGAAGACACGAUGUUGCGGCUUGCCACCGAGGAGCCAACCAAGUCACCAUCGAACAUAUUAUUAUUUUGGAUCAGGAAUAAUUUCAAGUCAUGCGUCAUGCUAAUAUUCAAAAUAAAGACUGAGUCUGACUUUAACCGAGAAAAAAAUGCCCUAAAAGUAUAAUUCAGACAGAUCGACAGCUUUGUCACUUUAGAACGUUUUCCAUAAAUGGUAGAAUUUGCUAAAAUUUGAUACUUUAUUAGUAUAUGUAGAUUCAAAUUAAACAUAUGAUCUGUCAGAAAUAUUUGCAACAACAUGCUCCAGCGCAUUUUACCAGUCGACUGUAAAGAAGCUGAUGUGGUUCUAUUGCAAAAAAUUACCAACAGUACAGAUGAAUACAGAUGCAUAUCUAGCGAAGACGUAGAAGUUUUCCAAUUGGGAGAUGCUAUGAAGAAUGAAAACUUGGCUGAUGUUUCUCUUUGCGGGCUGGAUCCCAAUCGACAUCAGGUUUUUGCUGCUGCUGCUUAUGGGGAGGGUGAUGAAUCCCAUCAAAUCAGACAAUGCUCUACUAAAGAGUACUAUACCUUAACAGGGUCUAUAAGACACGCAAAGAGAGAAACAAAAAGAAUGUCUCGAGAAAAUAUGGAGGAUAUACUUCUCAACAUUCCUACAACCAAGACAGUUGUUCUUUUAAACUAUUUGCAAUACAUAACUUAUAUCCUCUUACAUCUAAACAGAAUACUAGCAUUUAACAACUUCUCAACUGCUGAAAGUCGCUUUCACCUAUACCAGGGAGUUCAAAGGGCCAGACAAGAAAUGACCAAUGUCCUCAUUAAUGGUGGAAAAAAAAAUACAAUAAGGCCAAAAGAACAAACACAAAGAAGAAGAGGAAGAAAAGAAAGAAGAUGAGAGACAAAGAAGUUCCCCAGCAGACAAAGUGAGUAUACUAGCAUCAAAGCAGAGAGACAAACACUAUAUUCAUUAACUAUUAUUUCAGGAACACCAAGAAGCUUUCGAAG